GGUCAGAUGUUGCACAUGCUGCAAGGGGCACGUGCCUUCUACAAAGCUACGGCGGGACAGAACCCAGGGCGGUGCGAUGCUCUCGCUUGGGUUGCUGAUCCUUCUGCUCGCUGGACACCUCGCCCUGGCCGUCCGUCCCGUAGCAUAUGCUGCCCAGUCGCAGGUGGACGAUGAGAGCAACGAACAGGUCAAACGGUCCCGACAACGCUGCCGUGAAGACGCCUUCUUAGAAUUGCGGGCUACGUGUGAACAGCACUUGGACGAAAUCAUGCGACUGUACAGCAAGGGCGACCGCGCCCAAUCCUGCGCGCGACUGCGUCAGUAUUCAAACUGCGUCAAUCGCGCCUUGAACCGCACUCGGUGUCACAGAGUGGCCCAGAUCUACCAGAGGGAACGGCAGAGGAUGCGGGUGAACGUCAACGACUACAACUGGAGCUGCUCCAUGAGUCGACAGGAGUACGCCCCCGAUGAUUGUGACGGCAAGCAGGUGAUCAACCAGCACAUGAAAUGUGGCACAACAUUCCAGAAAUUCGUAGCUACUUUGAACGUCUACAGGGACAGGGAACAGACGUGCCGUGCAGUGCGCGACUACAAGCGCUGCGUCAAACCCAUAUUUCAAAACGAGGACUGUCGAAGCAACCAGGACCUGAUGGACAAACUGCUGCGUUUUUCGCACACUGUCCUUAACGAGUACAGCUCUGCGUGCAAGGAAGCGCAGAGAGGACACUACCAGGAAGCCCCCGCUACCAAACAAGACGAUGAGGAGGUCAGCAACUUCUGCCGAUUCGAAGACCUGCGACAGAGGACGCUGCAGUGCCAGAAGGAAGGUUACAGUAUCAUUCGAACGCGGGACGCGCACUCAAAGUCCGACAUUUGCGAGGAGCUCAAAGUGUUCCGGGACUGUGCAGUGGCAGCGCUCAAAGGAAAUCAUUGCGGCAGGGACAGGUCCGCUCGUCAGUAUGUCGCCGGAAUAGUGAGGGAAUCAUUUUCCAGGUACGGCAUCGAAUGCACAGCCCUGUGGAACGAUGCCGCUCGCUUGGCCUUCACGUGGGUGACUUAUAUUGGAGCACUUUGCUUACUCUUAUUGUAGGAAACAUAUGUCAACUACUAAUGAACAAAUAAGACUAUAAUAAACAACGAUUUACUUUACA